GAGCUGGAGUGGUCGGAGAAGGCAGAAAAGCUCACUUCCCACGAAUUGGCCUCUUGUUGGCAUGCUUCCGGAGCUACUUCUAAACAUUCAUCGCAUCUACGACUAUUUUACAGAGAUUUUGGAAGAAUCUGGGGGAACGUUGGAGAUCAAAGGCCCUUGGUUUGCUCACAUGGACAUGUUAGGCACAUGUGAUCCUGACAAUAUUCACAACAGAUUGAGCAAGAAAUUUUCAAACUUCAGAAAGGGUCCCGAUUUCAUAAAGAUAUUUGAUGCGCUAGGAGAUGGGAUUUUCAAUUCUGAAGGGGAAUCAUGGAAAACCCAAAGGAAAACCGCUUUGCCACCAUCAAGAUUACCACAAAGAUUUACCUAUGAUACUGCUUGCAAAUUGGUUUUGGGUCAUGAUCCGACUGUACUUUCAAUUGAUUUACCAGAAUAUCCACACCAAACAUUGUUCGGUGAUGGUGGGGAAGCUGUGUUUUAUAGGCACUUUCUGCCAGAAAGCUGCUGGAAGCUGCAAAGCUGGCUUCGAAUGGGGGCAGAAAAGAAGCUGAGUAAUGCCUUGAAGACCUUGCAUCAGUUUCUAGACAAUUGUAUCUCAUCAAAACGUGAAGAAUUAAGAAAUAGGAGCAUAACCAAAAUGGAAGAUAAAGAUCAAGGGGAGUUUUCUGACUUGCUAACACUCUUCAUGAUAAUUGCGGAAGAAAUAAUUGGUGUUACACUUUCUGGUGAUUCUGAAAAGUUUCUGAGAGACAUCCUUUUGAAUUUCUUGUUUGCCGGAAGAGACUCUUUAAGUGCAGUUCUCAGUUGGUUCUUUUGGCUUGUUGGGACCUACCCAAUAGUAGAAAAGGAGAUUCGCGAAGAAAUCAUACAAAAUUUGCCAGUGAAAGAAGAUGGAAGUUGGAGUUUUUCCUGUCCAGAAGAUGUAAAGAAACUAGUUUAUCUCCGUGCAGCGAUCUGUGAAACAUUAAGGCUAUACCCACCGGUUGGUUUGAAUCACAAAGCUCCACUGCAAAACGACUUUCUUCCAAGUGGCCAUUGCAUGAAUCAGAAUACAAAAACUGUGCUUUCUUUCUACUCGAUGGGAAGGAUGGAGACGAUAUGGGGCAAAGAUUGCUUAGAGUUUAAGCCCAGGAGAUGGAUUUCAGAGAAAGGUGGAAUCAAACAUGAACCAUCUUUCAAGUUCCCAGCGUUUAAUGCAGGGCCAAGGACUUGUUUAGGUAAAGAGAUCUCUUUCAUCCAAAUGCAAAUAGUUGCUGCCACCAUAAUACAUAAUUAUCAUAUUCAAGUGGUAGAAGGUCAUCACAGAGAUCUCCCACGCCUGCUGUUAUUCUUCAAACGCAACAUGGUUUGA